UUAGGUGUCAGUAGUUAUGGUUGGUCUGGCUAUAGAUUCUGGAUGACGUGCCAAUGGUGCACGCAAUAGCCCUUUUUUGGAUUGUAAAUAAAUAGAUCUAAUUCAAAAUGGUAAACGAUAUUGCAUUAGAGACGUGGACAAAGAAUGGAGAAACAACAGGUCUGCUUCUCCAUAGAAACGAUGAGGACACGAAACCGCUGCAUGACUAUAGAAGUCAACUUUUUGUUAUUUUCGUAAUAUUUUCGGUUCUAAUGAUCACGUUCUCGAUAUCAGUUGUAGAUUUUUGGUCAGACAAUGACCAAUACGUCCAGUCACUGCACGCAAUCAUUAAAAGUAAAGAUCACGUCUUCAAUAUGAAAAACAGAGAGUAUUUCGACCAAUGUGCACCUAUUGUCUCGUGUGACUAUAGUGACAAAUACAGAACCAGCAAUGGGACGUGUAACAAUCCAAACAAUCCAAUUUGGGGUUCAUCGAACACCCCAUUCAUCAGACUUGUCGACGCACACUACAGCGAUGGGAUCUCCAAAUUACGCGCAUCAUCUGAUGGGAAACCAUUGCCGAGUGCUAGAGAAAUUCAAGUAAAGCUGUUUUUAAAUAAACAAAUAAGAAUCCCUGAUAAAAAUAACCAGCUAUUAAUGCAAUGGGGCCAGUUUGUCGCUCACGAUGUUUCUAAUUUAGCAAUUGAUACAAAUGGGGAAGAUUGUUGUGCAUAUAAAAAUCAACAUUGGGUUUCAAGAGCGUGCCAAGCUACUAUCACAAUACCAAUAGACGAUCCUAUAUACUCAAAGUACAACAUGACGUGCAUGAGAUUUACUCGAGCAAUGACAUCAAACAACUAUAGCUGUCCCUUACAACCAUUGACAUUUAUAGACGAUGCUUCACAUUUUAUUGACGGAUCUCAAAUUUAUGGUUCUAAUGAUUACGUUGUAUCGACACUGAGAUCAUUUACUGAGGGGAAGUUAAUUUCUGUUCUUGAUAACAACCAGGAGUUUUGUCCACAUUCGUCCUUUGAGUCUUCUGAUACAAACAAAUAUUUGUACCAGUCCGGAGACUCACGUGCAAAUUUGAACCUUGGUAUAGCACUUUUUCACAAUAUGUUUUUGAGAUUCCACAAUUUUGUAGCGUUUAAACUAAAAACUGAGAAUACUUGGUGGUCAGAUGAAAAGUUAUACCAAGAAUCUCGCAGAUUUGUUGGUGCAAUUAUCCAACAUAUUACAUACACACAAUUUUUACCAAUAAUCUUAGGCAAAAACUAUACGGAGGACGAAGUGCUUGGGGGUAACAAUAAAUAUGAUCCUACUGUGAACCCAUCAACUUCGCAAGAGUUUUCAACCGGCGCAUUUCGUGUACUCCACAAUAUUAUACCAGCUCAACAUAGAUUUAUUGAUUCGAAUUCCACAACUGUGCAAGUAGUCAAUGUUACAGACUGGAUGAACUGCCCGUAUCUCUUACAACAAGGUUCAAACUAUGAUCAUCUACUUCGAGGUUUAUUAAGUACAGAAGGACGCCUGAGUCAACCUUCAUACAAUUCUUUGAUUUCAAACUUAAUGUUUCAUUCAAAUAAUUCGAUUGGCGUGGAUCUCCUAUCGUACGAUAUCCAAAGAGGGCGCGAUACCGGUCUCCCUCCGUACAAUAAAAUGAGACAAUUAUGUGGAUUGCCUGUUGCUAAGUCAUUUAGCGAUUUGGUUGAUACUAUACCAAUAGAUGACAUUUAUGAUUUGGAGACACUUUACUCCACUGUGGACGACAUAGACUUCAUUGUCGGGGCUUUGUUAGAAACACCAGAGAACGAUGCUUUAGUUGGAAAUACCUCACGAUGUAUUAUUGGUGAUUUUUUCUAUAGAUCACGAGUUGGUGAUCGAUUUUUCUACGAUACCGAAGGGCAGUCUGGUCAAUUUUCCAAAUAUCAACUUGAAGUACUCAAAUCUAUUAAUCUGGAUCACAUUAUAUGCGCUACUUCGUCUGUUGAUAACUUACAAAAAGAUAUUUUCACGAAAGUUGACAAUGGAUGGUAUUCUUCAAUGAAGUGGAGUUGUAGUCAAAAAUAUAUGAUAGAUUUUAAACCAUGGAAAGUAAUAAGAAAUGAAUAAGAACUGAAACUGAAUAUGAACAAGAACUGUAUGAUUAAAGUUACGCUGAAAUCAAUCAUAAUUUCGUCAUGUAAUUUGUGUCUCUUAUUUCGUAUAUCUUCUAAUUCUAAACUCAGUAUAUAGUUACUACAAUAUUUGAAAAUAUGUAUUCUUGAUUUAUACAAACAUUGCAAUGUAUAAUUUAAUUAAAAAUCUAUUCAUAAUUUAGUAUUAUUAUACCUAGUCAUAAUUUAUUUCCUGUAGUUUUCAUAUUGCUUAUUCCUUCGUUUUAAUAUCUUAGUAAUAUUAUUUUUAUUUUCCAGUUAACAACAUUUCAGUAUAUCCUGUUAACAAGCACGAUAAAUUCUUUUUAGUUUUUACAAGUUUUUUUUUUUUUUUAUUCUCGGUUUUAUCAUCAUUUUGUAUAAUACGGGUUAUAUACCCCUAUAUACCUACUAUUAUAAGUAUCUAAUAAUCACGUAGAUAUCUGGUAAUUGGUACCUAAAUAGGUACACAAUAUAUAUCUUAAUAAUAUACACAACUGUUAUAUAACAGUAAAUUUAAGGAAUGUAAUUCUUAGUACGAAACAAUAAGAAC